CGCCUAUUUAUCGAAAUGGUAAACCGUUCAGUGAAGAGCUGACUGCGUCCAUUUCUUUUCGUUCCCUUUGUACCUAUUCUUUUCGGUUUCUUUUUCUUUUUAAUCUCUUUUUUUGUUUUCUCGGGGCCGAGCCCAGACUGUGGUAUUUUUCACUCGUUGUUCUUCCGUUCGGUGUCUGUCCGUCCCGUCCGUGUCCGUUGCCGUUACUGCGCUUUUCGGUUUUGUUUGCGUCUGGAACGCCUCCUGUACCCCCAUAUCAACCUGAAACACUAAGAAGGGUAGAAGAACCAUGGCCACUUCGUUGAAAGCAGAGUUGGAGAUAUGGGCAGCAGCCUUGAAGGCUUAUGACGAGCAGGACUUUGAGAAGGCAUUAGACUCUUUCUCGCGUAUUGCCGACUCUUCCAAGAUCCUCACGAACAUGGGCCUAAUCUACGCAACAAUCGGCGAACAUGAGGCUGCAGUCGAACAGUUCAUGGCUGCUACAAGCCUCGAUCCGUACCUUGCCAUCGCCUACUUCCAAUGCGGGGUAUCUAACUUUUUGCUCAGUCGAUAUGAUAUCGCUCUCCAAAAUUUCGAUGAUGCCCUUCUUUAUCUUCGUGGGAACCAAGCCAUUAACUAUGAACAAAUCGGCCUGAAGUUCAAACUAUUCUCACCUGAAGUGCUUUUCAAUAAAGGCCUUUCCCAAAUUUACCUGGGCUACCCGAAUGAGGGUCUAUCAGAGAUGGAGGAUGCGCGCAAUCAGAAGGUGACUGAUGAGCACAAUGUAAUUGAUGAUGCCAUCAGGGAUCGUGGAGAGGGAUAUACGGUCUUUAGUAUUCCUGUUGGCGUGCUGUACCGCCCUUCAGAGAAUAAGCUCAAAAAUUCCAAGAGUAAAGACUAUCUUGGGAAGGCGAGACUUGUCGCAGCAGCAGACGCCACCGAUGCCUUCACUGAAUUCACUGGCGUCAAGAAACUCAAGGAGGAGCGCGAGAAAGCGAAAGAAAGAGAUCAAGAACAGGAUGACGGUCCAUUGAGAAGAAGCGCAACUGUCCCUCCAUCACGCGUCGACCCCGUCGACCGGUCUAACCUCGAGCGCUCUAAAACAACGAACGCAGGCAUGGAGAGGAUGUAUACUCCCGCCUUCUCUUCUAGCCGCACACAAUCUGAAGAUGUCCCUGCCCUACCCCCCACAUCAGGUUUGUCGAGGAUCAACACCAUCGCACUUUCGCGCAGCAACACUUCCGCCGUCGCUUCUAGCCGCUCACCGAUCGAUUCUGCUGAUGUACCUGCCCUGUCCCCCACAUCAGGUUUCUCCAGGAGCAACGCUGCCGCACUUUCGCGCAACAACACUACCGCUGCGCCUCUCCGUCCCAUAACCCCUGCAUCAGGUAUAGCUGUCUCGAGAGGACUAACCGUGAGGAAAAAAGAACCUCUGCCCAACCAAGUUGUCAAUCAACCUGGGGCCCUCUUUCAGCCUCCGUUCGCACCACAGAACUCCUAUCCUGAUUCGUCACAGCUGCAGAGACAAUACCAACAGCAACAAUAUCAGAACCAGCCGCCAGCGCGCAAUCAGUACCAACAACCCCAGCCGUACCAAAACCAGAGUCUUCCUGACAAUGGAUAUCAGGCACUGCCAGCUGGCCUCCAGCCUAGCAGCCUACCCGUACCAAGGGCGCCGUUUGUGCUUCGCGCUGCUCCUACCCAAGAUCCAUUGGCUCAACAGCAAGAUUUCUUUGAUGACUACAUUAGUGUCUACACUGAUGAGCAAACACGUCCCCUCGUGCCAGGCUCGCUACCUAACAUGGGCCUGGAUCGCAUAGCAUUGUGGCCUCAGGGAAGCGUACACGGAAUGCCCUCACGCAAUGCGAUGGCCAACCCGUAUCCGCAGGGGUCCUUGGGCUCUGAGGCACCAAUUGGUGUCAAUAUCUCCCGCAGUGCUGGUGGGGGAAGCAUGCGUCGGAAACCAACCAGACGGGCGACGCAGAGGCGGCCGAAGACAACGUACGAGGAAGAGGAGGAGGGAUAUGUGAGUGGGGAGUACGACGAACCGUUCGAAUUGUCGAAUAUCCGCGUCAAGGCGACUGUGCGUGGAAUGACACUCGCGCCUGACACGCCAUUUGAAGAAUUCGUGGAGCGCGUGACGAGCAAGUUUGGUACUGCUAUGGAUGGUCUGGGUCUCAAGUUCAACGAUGAAGAUGAUGUAAAAGUGACGCUAAGAGAUAGCGGCGAUUAUGAACUUGCCAUCGAGACUGCACGAACGAGCGCGAAGGGCAGGGCCGAGGGAAAGCUGGAGAUUUGGUGCACGGAUAUGUAAGACUAUAUGAGCUUGCAUGUCGUUUCACUGCUGGGUGUAUCUUGGAUGAUUUUUGGAUUUUUGGGGAUGUGUGUUAUGUUUAAUGUUUUGCUCACUGUCACAUAUAUCAAGGAUCUACAAUAUUAUCUUGUUAUUUGAUCUCUUGUUGACCGAA